GCUCACCAUCAACACGGCCAUCGUGUACAUGCACCGCUUCUAUAUGGUGCAGUCCUUCACCCAGUUCCACAGGAACUCGGUGGUACCAGCAGCUCUGUUCUUGGCAGCCAAGGUGGAGGAGCAGCCUCGUAAGCUGGAGCACGUAAUCAAGGUAGCACAUGCCUGUCUGCAUCCCCAGGAAACUCCUCUAGACACCAAGAGCGAGGCUUACCUGCAACAAGCCCAAGACCUGGUCAUUCUAGAGAGCAUAAUACUGCAGACCCUGGGUUUUGAGAUCACUAUUGACCACCCCCAUACCCACGUGGUGAAGUGCACACAGUUAGUGCGAGCCAGCAAGGACUUGGCCCAAACUUCCUAUUUCAUGGCUACCAACAGCCUGCACCUGACCACCUUCAGCCUGCAGUACACCCCUCCCGUUGUGGCCUGCGUCUGUAUCCACCUGGCUUGUAAGUGGUCCAACUGGGAGAUCCCAGUCUCCACGGACGGGAAGCACUGGUGGGAAUACGUUGAUGGCACUGUAACUCUGGAGCUCUUAGAUGAACUGACUCAUGAAUUCCUGCAGAUCCUUGAGAAAACUCCCAACCGGCUUAAACGCAUCCGGAACUGGCGGGCCUCUCAAGCAGCCAAGAAGUCAAAGGCUGAUGACCACGGUGAAGAUGAGAGCCUGUCAGAGCAGACGAUCCUCAACAUGAUUUCCAGGAACAAUAGUUCGGACAUGAACAUUGCUGGGUUAAUGAGCAUGUCAACGUCCUCGACUGCCGGAGCGGGGCCUCCUCUGCCGGCCACGGCGGACUCGCCCAGCGACCAGAGCGGUGCGGAUAUGUCCCAGCCUGAGCACUGGCUGUCCCAGCAUCCUCCACCCAAGCUGGAGGCUGGCCAGAGUCACAGGACUAACGAAAGCUCAUCGGCUGCUGAGCAUCCUUUACAGCAAGAUGGCGCUGGUUAUCAGAAGCAGAGCGGCAAGAACGCCCCAUCGGCCAAAGUGUCGCUCAAGGAGUACCGGGCCAAGCAUGCCGAGGAGCUGGCGGCACAGAAGCGGCAGCUGGAGAACAUGGAGGCCAACGUGCGGUCUCAGUACGCCUACGCCGCGCAGAAUCUCCUGGUCCAGCAGCAGCGGGAGAGGGAAGUCCAGCAGGACAGCAACCCCUCUCCAAUCAUCCUGAAAAUCCCCAUCGGUGGCUCGGAGAACCCUGAGCGCCCUCCCGGCCCUGAAAAGAGUGACAAAGCCUCGGCUCUGAAGCUGAGGAUCCCGGUGGCAGGUGGAGGUGGGGAGAGGCCACUCCCUUCCAAGCAGGAGGAGAUCAAAAUGCGGAUCAAGGUGCCGACCGCUGCAGACAGGCACGGCUCCUCAGAUGAGAGCAGCGGCAAGAACCGGGAGCACAAGGAGAAACACAAGGGCCACUCUUCUAACCACCACCACCACCACCACAACCACCACUGUCACAAACACUUACACGUCCAGCUUGGCACUGGCCCCAGCAGCGUGGUGAACAAGCGCACGGCCAUGGCCGCAGCCCACGAGCACCAGCCCAAAGUCAGCAAAGCCUCCAAAGGCCCCGGCAUGCCGUUCCCUUACCCCCACCUCCCCGGGGCGGCCCACCUCCCAGGGCACAGCUCGGAUGCGGGCAACCUCCCCUUACCCCAGGCCAACAAAGCCCGGGGCACCCACAGCAAAUCGGACAAGGGUCCCACGGGGGCCAACGGGCACAACGCCAACCAGGCCAGUGACUACCAGGAUACGGUCAACAUGCUGCACUCGCUGUUGAGCGCGCAGGGCAUGCAGCCCACCCAGCCCCCUGCCUUUGACUUCCAC